AUGAAUGAACAAGAUAAAUCAACUGAAGCUGCGUUACAUGUGUCCUGGGUUCUUAAUAAAAACCAAAAAGCGUUUUCCUGUUCCGAAAUAGUAAAAGAGUGUAACACAAGUAAAACAGAAAUUUUGGCAGCCAAAAUCAAAAAAGGCUUAUUUGAACUUUUAUAUGAUUCAUUGUGCUAUUGCGUUGCGUUUGAUGAAUCUUUUGACUUAGUUGAUUCUGAACAAAUGUCAAUUUUUGUGCGAUUCUUUGACAUUAAAAAUAAAGUAUUUAGAGAAGAGUUACUAGCAUUAUUGACAUUUGAAGGCAAGACUCGUGGAGAAGAUUUAUUUAAGAGUUUUGAUGACUUCAUGAAAAAAUCGGAUUUUAGUUAUGAUAAAAUUGGGUCAAUUUCACUGAUAGAGCUAACGGGAAAAGAAAAAGAAUUACUAAAAAGAAUCCGGGAUAAUAAUUUCGGGAUAUUAACUCAUCAAUCAGUACUUAUCAAUCACGUGAUGAUCAAAACAAGACCAAGACUUUCAAAAUCUUGGUCUUGGUCUUGGUCUUGCGCAAGACUCUUGCUAUUUUCACAAAAUAUAAAAAAAAAAAACUAA